AUGAAAUAAUUUGAGAAUAAUUACUAUGUAAAAUCACUAAUUAAACCCAUAUCAUAAGUGAGUACUAAUUCAGCUGUGACAAGAUCAAUUGAAUAAAAACCUCCAUCUUAUUUAACUUUCACUCGUAAAAAACAUAAAAGAAAAAAUGAGACUGCUAUAAAAUUACCUGAAUUAUAACCCUCUUCAAUAAGAGCUAAAACAGAAUAAGAUUAACCUGUUGUUAAUUAAUUAAAAAAAUCUAUUAUUAUUAUAAGCAGAAAACCGAGUGGAGUAGUUCUUUCUUAAAGAAUUAAAACUCAACCUUCAAUUCAAGUAUGGGAACCUGAAAUAAAAGAGAUUUAAGAAGUUUAAUAAAUUAAUCUAAAUCAACCUUAAUUUAUUGAUGUACUUUGUGAAGAGUUAAUAUUAAAAUAAAAAUUACCAGAACUCUAAAAAAAAAAUAAAAUCAUAUGUAAAAUCAAAAUAAAUGAACUUGAAAUAUUUUAAGAUAGAAGUUCAAGAAUCUUAAGAAAAAUCAUUUAGUUGCUUAAAACUUAAAGAGAAAGAUCAGAAGAAAAAGAACUUAAAAAUAAAAUUGCCACAGAUACUUAAAUGUUUAAAUCUAACAUUUUUUUAUAAACUUAAACUUAAACUUAAUAUCUUCCAUAAUAAUCUUUACAUAAUUCCAAAGAAAUGUUAUUUUAAUAGUAAUUAUCUGCUAUACCUAAAAAACAUACUAAAUUUAGCUCUUAAAUUACUUUAACUCACUAAGAUGAAUCUCUAAAACCUAUGAAAAGUCUUAUAGAAGCAAUUAAAGAGAAACCUUAAGAUAUUGUUAAGUAACCAUCAAUAAGUGCUACUACUCCACAAUUCCCUAUUAAUAAUAAAAAGAAAAUUAAAGUUCUUAUUGAAUGUACUGAAGAAUAAAAAUAAAAUAAAAUGGAAUUUUAUAUUCCUCAAUAUAUGGAAGAAGAUUCAACUAAAAUAUUAUAGUAAUAAAACGAAGUUCUUGAAAUCAAAAAUACAAAAAAAUCUAAUAUUUAUUCUCUUGUUUCUAAAAAUAUGUUCAAUAAGUAAUUAUUCUAAAUAUUUAGAAAAAUCAAUAAACUUUAAAAUAUUAAUGAUUAGAUCACUGAUGAAUUUCAUUCAGACAAAGCAACUUAAUUUAUUCGCUAUUAUCUGUAGAAUUAUAUCUUGAAAUGUUUAAAUUAAAACAAACUAAAAGAAAAAAGAGAAGAUGAAAUAAUUUAAGACAUAAUUAGAUAAGAUUCCAGAAUUGAUCAAUAACUUUUGAUAUCAAAAACUCUUCUAGAUCAAUCAAUUAUAGUAACUAUUAUUUAUAGUUAAGUAAGACUUUCAAACAACAAGAUUACUAGAUAUUAAUAGUGUAAUUUACAGAUGCCCAGAACCUUACGAUUCUUAGAAUUCAAUCAUGAUAUCUGAUUAUAGUUAUCUUACUAGCAAAAGUUAGAUGGAAUAUUCAUAUGAUGAAGGAAUGAAAUUAAAAUUUUUAUGUUCUUCUGGUUUAUUUAGUCAAAGUAAUUAAAAAGAAAAAUUCAUAAAAUCUAUAAUUUCAACAAUUUCGGAUGAAUCAAAGAAUAAACUUUUGCAUAUGGAGAUAAUAGCUUUUGAAAAUGAUAUAAAAUAGAUAAUCCAUAUAGAUUAUGAAUUGCCACAUUAACCUCGUAUAUUUUAAAUAUUUAGAUAGAUUUGGAAGCUAUAAAUAGGCUAUUUUUAAGAAUACAUAGAAGAGAUAGAAAAAAAUAUCUGUAGAAAUUUAUGAAGAAAUAUGAAAUAAUAUGUGUAGGAUUAUUUGAAGAUAAUUUUAAACAUCUGAUGAACAAUGCUGAAAAAAGAUUUAUAAAAUUUUGCUAUUAAUAACAAAGUAAUAGUUUAAUGGAUAAUACUUCUUUGAAAUGUUCAAAUAUGUUAAAAUCACGUCAUUAAAGAGAAACCACAAUAGAAACAAUACCAAAAUAAAUGAAUUUAAUGACUUUAUCAUUACCUCCAGGUACAAAGAGUAGAUCUGAAUCUCCAUCAAAUAUUGUAUAAUAAAUUAAUUUAUAUUAGAGUGAGACAAAAACAUAAAAGAAUGGUAGUUAAAAUUAAUAAGGAUUAGUUAGGAAUGCAUCAAGAAGUAAUUUAUUUAUAAUAAUAAUAUAAAGAACCAUUAUAAAAAUUCUUAUAAGUUUAAGGAGUAACUAAAAUACAAUCUUAAUCAUAAAUAUCUAAAGUUAAUAAUUUAUCAGUAGUUAAAGAAAAAGAAUAAUAAAUAAUUAUUAAGUAAAAUUAAUAGACUCAAUAAAAUAAUAAAUAAACAAAUCCUAAUUAAUUAUCUAUGGAUCCAUAUUCUUUAUUAUUUAGAAAUAUGAUGAUCUAAUAAACAAAAAAUGAAGAUAAAACUUUGACAGAAAAAAUAUUUAUGAUAAUUGAAGAACAUCGAUUAUCAGAUUUAAAAGAAAUACUGAAAUUAGAAGCUACUUUUGAUAUUAAUUAUUAAAAUGACGAAGGUAAUACAAUGUUAAUAUCAGCAUCAAAAUGUGGAGCUACAUUAAUUGUUGAAUAUCUAUUAAAAAAUGGUGCAGAUGUCAAUACAUAAAAUGUAUUCAUUUUUAAAUAACUUUUAUAGUAUAUUGGGCAAACAGCUAUGGAUAUAGCUUUAGAAAAUUACUAAUUUGCUACUGCAGAUAUCAUAUUUAAAUAUCUUAAACCAGAAAAUAGAUCUUUUUGA